AUGGCCCUUUUGCCAAGACUCAAUCUUUUAGGAACUGAGCUAUCCUCGGUACUUUGUUUUGGUCUAAGGAUGCCGAUGAUUGGUGAUAAUGAUAAUUCCUUUGGGGAUGAAUUUGAGAAGGAGAUGGGUUUGCUCCUUCGUGAGCAGAGAAGGCAAGAUGCUGAUGAACUUGAAAAAGAGCUGAGUUUGUACAGAAGUGGAUCUGCCCCACCUACUGUGGAGGGUUCUUUGAAUGCUGUCGGCGGUUUGUUCAAUCAUGGAGGCACUGAAGGUGGAAAUAAUGGUGGGGCUGGGAUUGGCCAGGCUUUUGCUGAGUUUGCCAGAAAUAAGAAUGGCAAUGGCUUCUCGUCUGAGGAGGAGCUUAGGGAGGAUUGGAGGUUUGCUCAGAGGUUACAGGGAGGGAGCUCGGCAAUUGGGGACAGGAGGAAGGUGAAUAGGAAUGAUAGUGGCAAUGGUGGGCGUUCAAUGUUCUCAAAUCCACCCGGUUUUAAUUCUAAGAAGCAAGAGAGUGAAGAUGAGGAUAAAUUGCAUGGUGGUACUGUGGAGUGGGGUGGUGAUGGGCUUAUUGGGCUGCCUGGAUUGGGGCUGGGUAGCAAGCAGAAGAGUAUUGCAGAGAUAUUUCAGGAUGAUCUGAACCGUUCCACUCCAGCCUCUGGCCAUCCAUCACGCCCGGCAAGCCGGAAUGCUUUCGAUGAAAAUGCCGGUGCUAUGGGCUCUGUGGAGGCUGAGCUGGCCAACUUGCGUUCAACUCAGAGCAUUCAGAGCUCGUCUGCUGCUGCACCUUCUUCGUAUUCUUAUGCUGCUGCUUUGGGUGGUACCUUAUCAAGAAGCACGACUCCUGAUCCUCAACGUAUCACUCGAGCCCCCAGUCCCUGCCCAACUCCUAUUGGUGGAGGCAGAUCAACAAAUCAUGAAAAAAGAAGCUUAAACAGUCCCAGCUCAUUCAAUGCUACUUCUUCUCAUUCUAACGAGAAUGUAGAUCUCGUUUCUGCAUUAUCGGGCAUGAACCUUUCUAACGGCAUUAUCGAUGAGGAGAAUAAUCAUCUGCCGUCCCGGGUUUCGCCAGAUGGCGAUGAUCGUAAAAAUUAUCUUCUUUAUAAUAAUCUCCAGGGAGGCAAAAAUAGUAACUUUAGGCAACACGCUUAUAUGAAAAAGAAUGAUAAUAUGCAGUUCAACAUGUCUUCUUCCUCUCAGCAAGCCGAGCUGCAGAGGAACGGGGUCCCUUCUAAUAACUUGUACCUUAAAGGAUCUCACUAUCAGCAGCAUUUGGACAGUCCCAACAGCUCAUCAUUCUCGAAUUAUGGAAUGGGCGGAGGGUACCCAAUGAGCCCGAUUUCGGGUCAACUCGGCAGUUCUAAUUUGCCACCUUUGUUCGAGAAUGCUGCUGCAGCAUCUGCUAUGGGUGUGCCCGGAAUGGACUCGAGGAUUUUAGGUGGCUCGAAUCUGGGGGCUGCUGCAGCAGAUCAUAGCCUCGGUAGAUUGAGUAAUCAACACUCCCCUUACGUGGACCCGUUAUAUCUGCAGUACUUGAGGACAGCUGAAUAUGCGGCCGCAGCUCAAGUAGCGGCUCUUAACGAUCCUUCUUUGGAUAGAAACUAUAUGGGUAAUUCGUACAUGGACCUUAUUCAGAAAGCCUAUCUUGGGAAUUUACUUUCCUCUCCUCAGAAAUCACAGUACGGUGCUCCUUUGGGCAGCAAGACAGGCGGUACGUCUAGUCCUCAUGGUUACUAUGCGAAUCCUGCUUUCGGGAUUGGUUUGUCUUAUCCAGGGAGCCCAAUGGCAAGCCCGGUUAUGCAGGGUUCAGGUGGUGGGCCCGGUAGCCCAUUAAGGCAUGGUGACUUCAAUAUGAGAUUCCCUGGUGGUAUGCGAAAUGUUGCUGGGAGUGUUAUUGGGCCGUGGCAUUUGGACGGUAUGGAGAACACUUUUGCUUCUUCAUUGCUGGAAGAGUUCAAAAACAAUAAAACAAAAUGUUUUGAACUAAUGGAGAUUGCUGGCCAUGUUGUUGAGUUCAGCGCUGAUCAAUAUGGAAGCCGAUUCAUUCAACAAAAGCUUGAAACUGCCACAACAGAAGAGAAGAACAUGGUUUUCCAGGAAAUAUUUCCUCAGGCACUUGCGUUAAUGACCGAUGUAUUCGGAAAUUAUGUAAUCCAAAAGUUUUUUGAGCAUGGAAUGGCGGCUCAAAGAAGAGAACUGGCUGGGAAGCUCUUUGGACAUGUACUUAACCUUAGCCUCCAAAUGUAUGGUUGCAGAGUGAUACAGAAGGCUAUAGAAGUAGUUGAUGUGGAUCAAAAGAUCAAAAUGGUAGAAGAGCUCGAUGGACAUGUCAUGCGUUGUGUUCGUGAUCAAAACGGGAAUCAUGUAAUCCAAAAAUGCAUUGAGUGUGUUCCUGAAGAUCAUAUUCAGUUCAUUGUUUCUACGUUUUUUGACCAAGUUGUGACUCUCUCUACUCAUCCAUAUGGCUGUCGUGUGAUUCAGCGAGUUCUGGAGCAUUGUAAAGAUGAAAAAACGCAGAGUAAAGCGAUGGAAGAGAUUUUGGGUGCUGUAAGUAUGUUGGCACAGGAUCAGUAUGGAAACUAUGUUGUUCAGCAUGUCCUGGAGCACGGGAAGCCUCAUGAGCGAUCUGCCAUAAUUCAAGAAUUAGCCGGAAAGAUAGUUCAAAUGAGCCAGCAGAAAUUUGCUUCAAAUGUUGUUGAGAAAUGCUUAACCUUUGGCGAUCCGAGUGAACGCCAGCUGUUGGUGAACGAGAUGCUUGGAACAACUGAUGAAAAUGAGCCUCUUCAGGCUAUGAUGAAAGACCAGUUUGCAAAUUACGUUGUACAGAAAGUGCUCGAGACGUGUAGUGAUCAGCAACGUGAGCUCAUCAUGACAAGAAUUAAAGUUCAUCUGAAUGCACUGAAGAAAUACACAUAUGGAAAGCAUAUAGUAGCUCGUGUAGAGAAACUUGUGGCUGCCGGGGAAAGGAGAAUUGCUGCUCAAACUCAACAAUCUGCAUAA